GACACCUUUGAUGAUGGGAGCAUAAUAAUUAAAAAAAAUAAAAAUAAGAGGAAACAAAAUUAUAAAGUAUGCUUAAUGCUAAUAGUACCAUUAAAGCAAGAUAAUGUAGGGAAGGAAGAAAAAGAAGGCUAAAGCACUUUCAUUGGUCCCAUUCCAUGUCUCCUCACUAGUCCCCUUUGAUGUGAUCCUCCAAAAAAAAAUUUGUCAUUUUCUUCCACUGCUAUUCUAUUGUCUUCUCCCUUCCAAAACCAAAACCAAAACCUUCCCUUUCUUCCUUGCUUCACAAAAUCAAAUACUAAAUGAAUUACCAUCACCAAUACUGACUCAGAUAUGUCCACCAAAGGAAAAGACAUAGCAGAAGGAUCAUCAAGAUCUUCUUCUUCUGCUACUUCUGCUAUUGUUUCUGAUCAUCAGCAGCAGCUACAACAACAUCAGCAACAACAACAACAACAUCCUCUGAGUAGGUAUGAAUCUCAGAAGAGAAGGGAUUGGAACACUUUUGGGCAGUACUUGAGGAACCAAAGGCCUCCUGUGGCACUAUCACAGUGCAAUUCCAACCAAGUGCUGGAUUUUCUAAGGUACUUGGAUCAGUUUGGGAAGACUAAAGUGCAUGCUCAAGGGUGUCUCUUCUUUGGUCAAGUUGAGCCACCUGGUCCUUGCACUUGCCCUCUAAAACAAGCUUGGGGGAGCCUUGAUGCUCUCAUUGGAAGGCUAAGAGCUGCAUAUGAAGAAAAUGGAGGCUUGCCUGAGACUAAUCCAUUUGCCAGUGGUGCCAUAAGAGUUUAUCUCCGUGAGAUUCGAGACUCUCAAGCUAAAGCAAGAGGGAUCCCUUAUAAGAAGAAAAAGAAGAAGAGGAAUCUCAUCAAGCCCAACGGGGACAGCUCAAACUUACCUUUGCAGCAGUAAAAUUUUUGUUUGGCAUCUUCUUCUUCUGCUUAAUAAUAACAAUGGUCUCCCAAAAUGAUUUCAAAGUCCUGAGUCUGUUACUAUAGGCCUUGUAUAUGUGUUACAAAACCUUAGCUGCAGCUCUGCAAAUUGACUCUAUCAAUGUCCUUGGGUCAAGUUAAACCUUUCUCUGUGUGUUUUGUUAUUUGAAUGAAAAUUUAGACUGAAGUUCAUGAAGAGUUAGUAUUGGGUAAGUCCUACUGUAUUCACCCUUAUGCCUCAGUAACAUAUCAAGCAUAGUGGGGUGAAAAUAACUUCGAAUUUUCUUCCAAGCAGUGUGUAUGAUGCAUUGUAUGUUCAAUUUUCAUUGAAAUAUUUCUGCUUAGUUUCUUCUGA